CCGAGCCUCCAGCUUCUGGUCGUCUCCCCCCCUCCCGCCCGACACGACCACAGCAGGCCCCCGCCUCGGCCGCUCACGUUCACGAGCACCCCGACGACGGACGACACGACCGGACACGCUGCGUGACAUAGGCCACGGACACUGCACGCACACGCACGCCAUCACGCGCACGCCCGCUUACGCUCUCAAAGCGUCGCCGCCCCGAAGCCUCGUUGCUUUCAUCGCACACCGCUUUGCCCGGCAGCACCCUGUCUAAGCACCCAUCGCCAUGUCCCCUUCAAAUACCAGAGAGCAGAGCAGGACCCGGGGCCAGUCUCGAUCCCGUUCCAACAACGACAAGCCCUCCAAGUCUUCCGCUAGCCGGUCUUGCUUUACUUCUCUUCUGCCCCGCAUGCCUCCCGUCUUCAACAUCAUCAGGGCGGGUGUGUACUUGGCGGUUCUGGUGUGGACCAUCGUUUGCUUAGCCAUCGCGGCGCACUUCCAGAGCAUCUUGGUGUCCUCUGACCUCACUCGUUUCGUGCCCUUCGCUAUCUUCGUUUGUGCUGCGAGCCUUCUCAUCUUUAUUGCACUUCUCGCUUUCGGACUAUGGAGGGAAAGGAACCCCAUAUCCACGCGGGUUGAGCUGGGAUGUCUCGGUCUCGCCGGCACUCUGUGGCUAGCGCUCGGCGCAUUCGUCGCUUCCUCCGACUCGGAGAUGGCAGACGUGGAGUGUUUCUCCUCUGCUGACACGGACAGCGAGCCCAUCGAACUGCCCGGAUUCAACACGGAGACCUACCACGCUCAAUACCAUGUCCUGGAGGCCUUCUCCUUCUUCAACAUGAUUCUUAUUUUUGGUUUCCUUCUCUUAUUAUUGGUGCUCGCCAUUCGCCAGAGCCGUGCCGGAUCGAAACACGUCUGGGUUCAGCCGGUGUCUAUGAUCGCCUGGUUCGGCCCGGCGGGUCGCCCCCAGGGCAAGCUUCCCGCGCCCGUCACCCAACGCUCGCGCUCGCAGUCCAGGCGGCCCACCAUGGCCGAGAAGCCCCGUACCCGCUCGCAGUCCCGCCCCGCCGACGUGCGCCGCAACGACUCCCAGCGCGCGCUCCUCCGCGACGACUCGUACCGCACCAUGGACUCCCAUCGUACCGGCCGCAGCGACCUCAAGCGCGAGGACUCCAGCCGUACCGUCGUCGGUGUCCCUGAGCUCCGGAGGGAGGACUCCCGCCGUAAUGCCGGUCGCCCUGACCUACGCCGUGAUGCUUCGAGCCGCACGACCCCUGGCGCGGACGUCCGUCGUGGGGACUCUAGGCGCACGGAUCCUGGUGCGGACGUGCGCCGCGGCGACUCGCGGCGGACGGACCCCGGCUUGCGGCGGGACGACUCGCGUCGGACGAACCCUGGAGAGCCGCGGCGGCUGCCGCAGCGCACCGGGGAGCCGACGCGCAACGAGACGGCGACGCAUGUAUAUUGGAUGCCGUACAACCGGCCUGAGGAGGCGCAUGUGCGCGACACUCAGCAGACACGACCGCCCGCGCGCGACAACAGGUUGGGUUCCACACCCCGGCGGUGAUACGGGACUUGGGGCGCACGGGCGAUGAUUAUUAUUUACGACAUUAUAGACAAGACGGCGUCUGGGCCGCACGCACAACACACUGAUGUAUCUGCUUAGGGCUCUUCACGUUGUACCACUACAUAUCAGGCAUAUAUCGGGAUGUAUUACAUUGGAAUUCACGAG